AUGGGCAAUGUGGUUGCAAAAGUUGGUGACCUGCCAGAUGCUGUGAACUCCAUGCAAGCAACUUCUAAAAUGAUGCAACAGUCAGAAGCUACUCAUGAAAUAUUUAAGUUGGUUCGACCACCCACAGAUGGUGGUAAUGUUUCCACUGAUGAAGGACGUGGGAUUCUCGUUGAUGAAAUGUCCAAAGCAUUUCAAAGCAAGGACUACGAAACUCUGCACAAAGUUAUUAGGGAAAAGAUAGGAUGUUACUUGUACAAUGGCGGUGAAGGAAAACAGGUCCCAUAAGAUCUUGUGGAGAAAAGACACCAACAGAAAGAGAAGAAUGCUAUGAAUAGUUUGGACAGUUUACCUUCAAUUAAUCCAUUAUCAAAUUUAAAAACACCGAAAAGUUUUGGAUUGCCAUUUACAUAUACUGGGAACAAUGAAACAAGGUUGUGUUGUUGGGAUAUCAAUAAGCGAGGUCCUUUAGGUGAAACUGCAUUGCAUGUUUGUUUUCUAAACAAUUCAACCACACACAAUAUGCUGGCAAAAGAAAUGAUGAAAGUUUUCCCAAACUUAGUGGUUGAUAUUUAUCUGGGUGACGAAUAUUACGGGGAGAAUGUUUUACACAUGACCAUUGCAAACGAAGAUAUUGAAAUGACGAGGUAUUUUCUCAAACAAAGAAAAGAGCAAAAUGCUCCUCUUAACCUGGAGGAAAGAUGCUGCGGAUCUUUCUUCUGCCCUGCAGAUCAACAAUCUCUGGAUGCGAGAAUUGAUCAAUCUAAUAAAGAAGCACCUCUUCUGCAACCUGAGACCAAUUACUCUGGCCUUCUCUAUUGGGGUGAAUACCCGUUGUUUUUCGCUGCAUGUGCAAUGCAGGUGGAAGCGUUUGCGUUGUUGCUUCGUGAGGGAGCUGAUAUUUCAGUGCAAGACAGUAACGGGAACAAUGUUCUUCAUAUGAUGGUCAUCCAUAACAACAAGGAGAUGUUUAAUUUUGCCUAUAAUCAAGCGGGUGAGGUUGAUUUGUUGAGUCAGAGGAACAGACAAGGCUUCACCCCGCUUACACUAAGUGCCAAACUGAGCAACAAAGAAAUGUUAGACCAUAUUAUGGAGCUUAAACGGGACAUUUCAUGGCAGUUUGGUGACGUCACAUGCGCCACAUACCCCCUGUCGGAUGUUGACACUAUAAACCACACUGAUGGUAGCAUCAACAACAAGAGCGCACUCAGUAUUAUACUUAGUGCGGAAUCUAAUGAACAUCUUGAUAUGUUGGAUGGCUUGUUAUUCCAACUAUUGCAUGAAAAAUGGAAGCAAUACGCUAAAGUUCGAUUCUAUAGAAGAGGGGCCUUCUUUUUCUUUUACCUUGUUGCUUUUAUAACGGCUGUAUACCUGCAGCCAGCACCAACUCGUUUUGUCGUAACUACAAACACAUCAACUGGUUUGGUGAACCUGAGUUUUGUAAACCAAUGUUAUUUGCUUGAUGCUUCAUCCAACAAUCAAAUACUUCGUUUUGUGUUGGAAUGCAUUAUCAUUGUAGGUGCUGUUAUGUAUCUAGUGUUGGCUGGUAUGGAAAUUCACCAUGAGGGUAAACGUACAUUCUGGUGGACAAUAUACAAUGCUCCAAUGAAGGGGAGCUUCCUCAUAUCCUGUGUGAUGGUCCUUGCAAUCAUACCAUGUAGAUUCACUUGUAACUUGAUAUCAGAGAAUGUCUUUUUAACUAUAUGUAUCUGCACAUGCAUACCAUACUCGCUGUUCUUCUGCAGAGGUUUCAAAUUGGUUGGUCCAUUCAUAGUUGCAAUUUAUAACAUGAUAACUGGAGACUUGCUUAGAUUCUUAAUCCUCUAUUCCAUAUUUCUCAUGGGAUUUUCUCAAGCGAUGUACAUUGUGUUUCGUGGCACUGACCAUCCGUUAUUCUCACACCCGUUCCAGUCAAUUAUGGGCAUGUUCAUCAUCACUCUGGGUGAAUUUCAAGACCUGUAUCUUGACUUUGAUCGAUCCAGACACCCAACGGCUGCUAAGACUUUAUUCUUGGUGUACAUGGUGAUCGUGACAUUAUUACUCACAAACAUGCUUAUUGCUAUGAUGGGGAGCACGUUUAAUAAGAUCGCGGAAACCAGAUGGGAAUGGCAGCGGCAAUGGGCUAAAAUUGUUCUGGUAAUGGAAAGGUCAGUAUCACCAGAACAUCGUAUUAGAAAGCAGAGAUUAUAUUCACAACCAGAAUCUAAGGGGAAUGGCAGGCGAUUUGUUGUCAGAAAUUUCAAGGCUUCACCAAAAUGAUGAUUUCAAAAAAUUGCAAACAUUCUAGUACAUACUUUUUUAUAUUGCAGUUUCGGUAAUACCUUUGCACAAAUUAUAUGCAACACUUUUGCACUAACUUUUCGAUCCAUUUUUAAUGUUUCUAAAACUGUUUUCUAGACUCUUUCUACCUUUGUAUUUACAAGUUCAUAUUGCACUAAUUUUCAUAUAUAUUAUACCUAAAGAUGCGUUAUACAAUCCUGAAUUCCAUUCACAACAUAUGCCUUUUUGUUUAAUUUAUUUUCACGUAUAACUGUUCUAAAGAUGAACUUUUUACGUAUGCACUUUUUGCACUAACAAUGUAGUUAAAAAAUACAAAUUAUGUUUUUUUUAAUUCCAAAUAUACAACUGUAAACACGUUCAUUAUCAUUCAAUUACCCAGGGUGUCUAAAAAUUCAUUUUCCACAAAAAAAACUCUUUUCUAGACUCUCUACCUAAAAAUUUUGUAUUCACAAAUUCAUAUUGCACUACUUUUUACAAUCCUGAAUUCCAUUCACAACAUAUGCCUUUUUGUUUAAUUUAUUUUCACAUAUAACUGUUCCAAAGAUGAACUUCAAAUUAUUUACCUGCUUUUUAUAUAACUGUUCUAAAGAUGAACUUUUUACGUAUGCACUUUUUGCACUAACAAUGUAGUUAAAAAAUACAAAUUAUGUUUUUUUUAAUUCCAAAUAUACAACUGUAAACACGUUCAUUAUCAUUCAAUUACCCGAGGUGUCUAAAAAUUCAUUUUCCACAAAAAAAACUCUUUUCUAGACUCUCUACCUAAAAAUUUUGUAUUCACAAAUUCAUAUUGCACUACUUUUUACAAUCCUGAAUUCCAUUCACAACAUAUGCCUUUUUGUUUAAUUUAUUUUCACAUAUAACUGUUCCAAAGAUGAACUUCAAAUUAUUUACCUGCUUUUUAUGAUUAAUUGUGCUUUUAAUAAACGUACGUAUGCACUUUGCACUAACAAUGUAGU